AUGUCUGAAAACACUUACUUUGAGAAGCACAGAGAUCUCUUGAUCCAAGAAAUUGGGAUAUCAAUGGAAUCAGUGAUUUACCAUUUGGAUACAUUGAACCGUUCGUUGACGAGUCUGAUCUCCGUUGGUAAAGAGUUUGAUGAUGUAGCGAGACUCUGGUCCCACUUUUAUGAUGGUGCCAGGCAACUCAAAGAGAGAAAGUCCAAUAAUGGAACCGACCUGCAGGAUGUUGAUUCAGAGAAGGGAGAAGAUGAAGGAGAGGUGAGAGAAGAUGAUGAGCUAUAUGAAAGUGCAGAAGAUAUACGCUAG